GCCGGAGAGCGCGGCCGAGCCCGCCGCCGCCGUCCCCGGGCCCCCGAGGAGAGAGUCCCGGCUCGGCUGCCGCGCGAGCAGCGCCUUCGGCGGCCCGGCCUGCGGCUGAGAUACACAGAGCAAUAGAGAUAUUUAUUGUUAUUAUUUGCUUUUUUGGUGGCAAAAGGGAAAAUGGCGAACGACUCCCCUGCAAAAAGUCUGGUGGACAUCGACCUGUCCUCCCUGCGGGAUCCUGCUGGGAUUUUUGAGCUGGUGGAAGUGGUUGGAAAUGGCACCUAUGGACAAGUCUAUAAGGGCCGGCAUGUUAAAACGGGUCAGUUGGCAGCCAUCAAAGUUAUGGAUGUCACUGAGGAUGAAGAGGAAGAAAUCAAACUGGAGAUAAAUAUGCUGAAAAAGUAUUCUCAUCAUAGAAACAUUGCAACAUACUACGGUGCUUUCAUUAAAAAGAGCCCUCCAGGACACGAUGACCAGCUCUGGCUUGUUAUGGAGUUCUGUGGGGCUGGAUCCAUUACGGACCUUGUGAAGAACACCAAAGGGAACACACUCAAAGAAGACUGGAUCGCUUACAUCUCCAGGGAAAUCCUGAGGGGAUUGGCACAUCUUCACAUUCACCAUGUGAUCCACCGGGACAUCAAGGGCCAGAAUGUAUUGCUGACUGAGAAUGCAGAGGUGAAACUUGUUGAUUUUGGUGUGAGUGCACAGCUGGACAGGACGGUAGGGCGGAGAAACACAUUCAUAGGCACUCCCUACUGGAUGGCUCCCGAGGUCAUUGCCUGUGAUGAGAACCCAGAUGCCACCUAUGACUACAGGAGUGACCUUUGGUCUUGUGGCAUUACAGCCAUUGAGAUGGCAGAAGGUGCUCCCCCUCUCUGUGACAUGCAUCCAAUGAGAGCACUGUUUCUCAUUCCCAGAAACCCUCCUCCCCGGCUGAAGUCAAAAAAAUGGUCAAAGAAAUUUUUUAGUUUUAUAGAAGGGUGCCUGGUGAAGAACUACAUGCAGCGGCCCUCCACAGAGCAGCUUUUAAAACAUCCCUUUAUAAGGGACCAACCAAAUGAAAGGCAAGUUAGAAUCCAGCUUAAGGAUCAUAUAGAUCGGACGAGAAAGAAGAGAGGAGAAAAAGAUGAAACUGAGUAUGAGUACAGUGGGAGUGAGGAGGAAGAGGAGGAAGUGCCUGAACAGGAAGGAGAGCCAAGUUCCAUUGUUAACGUGCCUGGUGAGUCUACUCUUCGUCGGGAUUUCCUGAGGCUGCAGCAGGAGAACAAGGAACGUUCUGAGGCUCUUCGGAGACAACAGUUACUGCAGGAGCAACAGCUCCGGGAGCAGGAGGAAUAUAAAAGGCAGCUGCUAGCCGAGAGACAGAAACGGAUCGAGCAGCAGAAAGAACAGAGGCGGCGGCUGGAAGAGCAACAAAGGAGAGAGCGUGAAGCUAGAAGGCAGCAAGAACGUGAACAGCGAAGGCGAGAACAAGAAGAAAAGAGGCGUCUGGAGGAAUUGGAGAGAAGGCGCAAAGAGGAAGAAGAGAGGAGACGGGCAGAGGAGGAAAAGAGGAGAGUUGAGAGAGAGCAGGAGUAUAUCAGGCGACAGCUAGAAGAGGAGCAGCGGCACUUGGAAAUCCUUCAGCAGCAGCUGCUCCAGGAGCAGGCCAUGUUACUGGAGUGCCGAUGGCGGGAGAUGGAGGAGCACCGGCAGGCAGAGAGGCUCCAGAGGCAGUUGCAACAAGAACAAGCAUAUCUCCUGUCUCUACAGCACGACCACAGGAGGCCACACCCGCAGCAGCAGCCACCGCCACAGCAGGAGAGGAGCAAGCCAAGCUAUCACGUUCCUGAGCCCAAACCCCACUACGAGCCUGUGGACAGAGCUCGAGAGGUGGAAGAUAGAUUUAGGAAAACUAACCACAGCUCCCCUGAAGCCCAGUCUAAGCAGACAGGCAGAGUAUUGGAGCCACCAGUGCCUUCCCGAUCAGAGUCUUUUUCCAAUGGCAACUCCGAGUCUGUGCAUCCCGCGCUGCAGAGACCAGCGGAGCCACAGUGGUCCCACCUGGCAUCUCUCAAGAACAAUGUUUCCCCUGUCUCGCGAUCCCAUUCCUUCAGUGACCCUUCUCCUCCCAAAUUUGCACACCACCAUCUUCGUUCUCAGGACCCAUGUCCACCUUCCCGCAGUGAGGUGCUCAGUCAGAGCUCUGACUCUAAGUUGGAGGCGCCUGACCCCACCCAAAAGGCUUGGUCUAGAUCAGACAGUGACGAGGUGCCUCCAAGGGUUCCUGUGAGAACAACAUCUCGUUCCCCUGUUCUAUCCCGUCGGGAUUCCCCACUGCAGGGCAGUGGACAACAAAAUAGCCAAGCAGGACAAAGAAACUCCACCAGCAGUAUUGAGCCCAGGCUUCUGUGGGAGCGAGUGGAGAAGCUGGUGCCCAGACCUGGCAGUGGUAGCUCCUCAGGGUCCAGCAAUUCAGGAUCCCAACCUGGGUCUCACCCUGGGUCUCAGAGUGGCUCCGGGGAACGCUUCAGAGUGAGAUCAUCAUCCAAGUCUGAGGGCUCUCCAUCUCAGCGCCUUGAAAAUGCAGUGAAAAAACCUGAAGACAAAAAAGAAGUUUUUAGACCUCUCAAGCCUGCUGGCGAAGUGGAUUUAACUGCACUGGCCAAAGAGCUUCGAGCAGUAGAAGAUGUGCGGCCCCCUCACAAAGUGACAGACUACUCCUCGUCCAGUGAGGAGUCGGGGACAACAGACGAGGAGGACGAUGACGUGGAACAAGAAGGGGCUGAUGAGUCCACCUCGGGACCAGAGGACACCAGAGCAGCGUCAUCUCUGAAUUUGAGCAAUGGUGAAACAGAAUCUGUGAAAACCAUGAUUGUCCAUGAUGAUGUAGAAAGUGAGCCCGCCAUGACGCCAUCUAAGGAGGGCACUCUGAUCGUCCGCCAGAGUACAGUUGACCAAAAGCGUGCCAGCCAUCAUGAGAGCAAUGGCUUUGCCGGUCGCAUUCACCUCUUGCCAGAUCUCUUACAGCAAAGCCAUUCCUCCUCCACUUCCUCCACCUCCUCCUCCCCAUCCUCCAGCCAGCCGACACCCACCAUGUCCCCACAGACACCCCAGGACAAGCUCACUGCUAAUGAGACUCAGUCCGCUAGUAGCACACUCCAGAAACACAAAUCUUCCUCCUCCUUUACACCUUUUAUAGACCCCAGAUUACUACAAAUUUCUCCAUCUAGUGGAACAACAGUGACUUCUGUGGUGGGGUUUUCCUGUGAUGGAAUGAGACCAGAAGCCAUAAGGCAAGAUCCUACUCGGAAAGGCUCAGUGGUCAAUGUGAACCCCACCAACACGAGGCCACAGAGUGACACCCCAGAGAUUCGUAAAUACAAGAAGAGGUUUAACUCUGAGAUUCUGUGUGCUGCCUUAUGGGGAGUGAAUUUGCUAGUUGGUACAGAGAGCGGCCUGAUGCUGCUGGACAGGAGCGGCCAAGGGAAGGUGUACCCUCUGAUCAGCCGGAGACGGUUUCAGCAGAUGGAUGUACUCGAGGGCUUGAACGUCUUGGUGACAAUAUCUGGCAAAAAGGAUAAGCUACGUGUCUACUAUUUGUCCUGGUUAAGAAAUAAAAUACUUCACAAUGAUCCAGAAGUAGAGAAGAAGCAGGGAUGGACAACCGUCGGGGAUUUGGAAGGAUGUGUACACUAUAAAGUUGUAAAAUAUGAAAGAAUCAAAUUUCUGGUAAUUGCUUUGAAGAGUUCUGUGGAAGUCUAUGCGUGGGCACCCAAGCCAUAUCACAAAUUUAUGGCCUUUAAGUCAUUUGGAGAAUUGGUACAUAAGCCAUUACUGGUGGAUCUCACUGUUGAGGAAGGCCAAAGGUUGAAAGUGAUCUAUGGAUCCUGUGCUGGAUUCCAUGCUGUUGACGUGGAUUCAGGAUCCGUCUAUGACAUUUAUCUACCAACACACGUAAGAAAGAACCCACACUCUAUGAUCCAAUGUAGCAUCAAACCCCAUGCAAUCAUCAUCCUUCCCAACACAGAUGGGAUGGAGCUUCUAGUGUGCUAUGAAGAUGAAGGGGUUUACGUGAACACGUACGGAAGGAUCACCAAGGAUGUGGUGCUACAGUGGGGAGAGAUGCCCACCUCUGUAGCAUAUAUUCGAUCCAAUCAGACAAUGGGCUGGGGAGAGAAGGCCAUAGAGAUCCGAUCUGUGGAGACUGGUCACUUGGACGGUGUGUUCAUGCACAAAAGGGCUCAAAGACUGAAAUUCCUGUGUGAACGCAACGAUAAGGUAUUCUUCGCCUCUGUUCGGUCUGGUGGCAGCAGUCAGGUUUAUUUCAUGACCCUAGGCAGGACUUCUCUUCUGAGCUGGUAGAAGCAGUGUGAUGCGGACAUUGUUGGCCUUCAGAGUCUUCAAGAUCCUGAGAACUUGGAAUUCCUUGCAACUGGAGCUCAGAGCUGCACCAGGGCAACCAGAACAGCAGUUGUGUGCAGACCUCAUGCGUUGGGUUCUCUGUCUCCCUUCCUUCCUGCUCCCGUUUACCAGUUUAUCUCCAUUCUUUUUUUCUUUACUCAAAAAUAAAUCAAGGCUGCAAUGCAGCUGGUGCUGUUCCGAUCCUAC